GUUUUGGGACUGGUCGGGACGAACGGUAUCGGAAAGAGUACGGCGUUGAAGAUCUUGGCUGGGAAGCUUAAACCUAACUUGGGACGAUACGACGACCCUCCUGAUGCUCGAGGACAACAUCAAGGCGAUUGUCAAACCUCAGUAUGUCGAUCUGAUCCCUAGGCAGAUCAAGAAGGAGGGUAUGACAGUGCACAAGAUGUUGGAGGCCAAGCUCGAGCGGGAGGGUGCCAAGGAGGAGUUGGCAGAUCAGUUGGAGUUGGUCAACUUGAUGGACAGAGAGAUUGGACAAUUGAGUGGUGGAGAAUUGCAGAGGUUCGCCAUCGCCUUGGCUGCCGUGCAAAAGGCCGACGUAUACAUGUUUGAUGAGCCAUCAUCCUAUCUGGAUGUCCGACAGCGUCUCGCUGCCGCUCGAGUAAUUCGAUCGUUGCUCAGCCAUGACAUCUACGUCAUUGCCGUUGAGCACGAUCUUUCGGUCCUCGACUACCUCUCGGACUUCAUCUGUUGUUUCUACGGUCAACCUUCGAUCUACGGUGUCGUUACCAUGCCCUUCUCGGUCCGAGAAGGUAUCAACAUCUUCCUCGACGGAUACAUCCCUACCGAAAACUUGAGGUUCCGAAACGAAAACCUGACUUUCAGGAUCUCUGAGAACGCCGACGAGAUGUACUCGACCCAUACCAAGCAGUUCGAGUACCCGGCCUUGACCAAGACGCUCGGAGGAUUCAAGCUGGAGGUCGAAGCCGGUGGAUUCUCGGAUUCCGAGAUCGUCGUCCUCGUUGGGGAGAACGGAAUGGGAAAGACGACUUUCGUGCAGAUGCUGGCCGGCAAGCUCAAGCCGGACAACGAAAAGGACGCCGAAAACUUGAACUACCGAGUCUCGUUGAAACCCCAGACCAUCUCGCCCAAGUUCCCGGGUACCGUCAGGAUGUUGCUCCUCAAGCGUAUCAAGGGAGCGUUCAUGGACCCGACCUUCCAGACCGAGGUUAUCAAGCCCAUGCAGCUCGAGAACAUCAUGGAUCAAGAAGUACAGACGCUUUCCGGAGGAGAGUUGCAGCGUGUGGCCAUCUGUCUCGUGCUCGGUCUGCCUGCCGAUAUCUACCUAAUCGACGAGCCUUCAGCUUACUUGGAUUCCGAGCAGCGUAUCAGCGCUGCUAAGUUGAUCAAGCGUUUCAUUCUCAACUCAAGGAAGAGUGCCUUGAUCAUCGAGCACGAUUUCAUCAUGGCUACCUACUUGGCCGACCGAGUCAUCGUAUACGAGGGUCAGCCCGGUAUCCACGCUGUUGCCAGGAAGUGAGUAUCGGAACAGCGGAACGUUGGCAUGUAACUCGACACUGAAGCUGAUCUUGUUCCCCGCUCGCUUCUAGGCCCGAGGGUCUGUUGACCGGUUUCAACCGAUUCCUGGCUUCGCUCGAGAUCACCUUCCGACGAGACCCAACUAACUUCCGACCGCGAAUCAACAAGUUGAACAGUUUGUUGGACAAGACCCAAAAGUCGUCGGGUGACUACUUCUUCACCGGAGACCUCGAUUAGAUGCAAGAUCUGGAUGUGAAAUUG